GCAACAAUUCAUCAACAAAACUUUCUCUCUGUUUCGACACCGCAACAUGUCUCUCUAUUACGAGGCGGCCGAAUUCCUAGUAGGCUCGUCCUCUGGAGGAGGUAGUCUCAAGUCUCGUGUUUUUAAGAAGAAAAACCUCAAGUCUCCGCCCAGCCAACUGUAUGCGCUUGUCUUGGAAAGUUGCAAAUGGAGUCCGGUCAUCAAGGAAGUCAUCGAGAAAUCCGAUCUCCUUAAGCUUGAACGCAAGCUCACGCCACCUUUGUCAUUGCUCUUGGUACAUGAUUUAUUGCUAGCCAAGAAGGGCAUUGCUCUCCCCCAUAGCCAUGGAUUACGAGCAUCUGUCGAAAGACACAAGGGUCGCCUUACUUCUGAGCUUACGCGGGCUCGAUUGCGAAGAAGGGCAGCGUCACUCGCGGAGUUGAAGGAGCAGAUUGACAAGGAAUCUGCCGGCGAGGAAGCAAACUACCCCCGAUGGGUUCGCGUGAAUGCAGUAAAAACCAGCUUGGAGGACCAGCUAGAAACGACAUUUUCUGCUUUUGCAAGGGCUGGCUCCGUCCAGGAUGUCAUCACAAAGUCGGGCAAGCAUCUCUUCAUCGACCCACAUGUUCCCAAUCUUCUCGCCAUCACGUCUGGAGUCGACUUGACAAAGACGGAGGCCUAUACAUCUGGCAAAAUCAUUCUUCAAGACAAGGCAUCGUGCUUCCCGGCCUAUCUGUUGGACCCCCGGUCUGAAGAUGGGGAUUUGAUCGAUGCCUGCUCCGCACCCGGCAACAAGACCACACAUUUAGCAGCUAUCCUGAAAGAACACCAGCCGGAGUUUGAGACACCACCCCAGACAAUAUAUGCGUUCGAGAAGGAUCCCAGGCGAGCGCAGACCCUGGACAAGAUGGUAACAACAGCAGGAUCUAAGACGACGACGCGCAUUGGAUUUGGCCAGGACUUUCUGCAAGUGGACCCACGCGCGGAGAGAUACAAAUCUGUGGGAGCCCUACUCCUAGAUCCGAGCUGCUCCGGGAGCGGCAUCGUUGGACGAGAUUCUAUGCCGGAGCUCCACCUACCAGAACUAUCCAGUACCAUGACGAAGGAAACGACAGGGAGGACGAACAACCGUAAGAGAAAGCACGUGGAAGUUGAAACGGAGCCUCACGCCGUCAUGGUGGACGACGACGGGAACGAGACGAUCAUGAAAUCUGACCAAGACCUCGAAUCCCGAUUGGAGGCUUUGUCAGGCUUUCAGCUGACCCUGCUCCUGCACGCAUUCCGCUUCCCAGCAGCAACCAAGAUAACAUACUCGACAUGUUCGGUUCACAUGCAAGAGAAUGAGCGCGUGGUUAUGCGGGCCCUCCAAUCAGAUAUUGCGAAAGAGAGGAACUGGCGCAUUUUGCUGCGGAAAGACCAGGUUGCGGGCAUGAAAGAGUGGCCCGUUCGAGGACUAACCUCGGCAUGUGGAGAUGAUGGAGACAUCGCCGACGCUUGCAUACGCUCUUACAAAGAUGAUGGCCAAGGCGUCAUGGGGUUCUUUGUCGCUGGCUUCGUGAGGGUUGGAUCCCGAGACGCCGGGUCUGGGGACGACGACGAGGGCCCAUAUUUACGAGAUGAUGAUGGCGCAAUCAUUCGAGACGUGCUUGGAAUGCCGGUUCUGAAAUCAACGGGAGCCCCGGUCUCGUUGAACGCGCGAGACGAGGUUGGAUCCGAUCAAGGCAAGAAGGAGGAUCACAAUGAAGAUGACGAGGAAGAGGAAGAGGAAGACGACGAUAGCAGCUACAGCGACGACAGUGCCGCAGAGAUUGCUAGAGAUGCAAGAUACCAACAGGAGGUGGGGGUUUCGACCACUAUCGAGGAUGAGUGGCAAGGAUUUGGAGAUUGAUCCACUCUGUCGGAGAGUAGGCAGACACAAUUCGAGACACGUCAAGCAUGGAUAACUACAAGUGAUUGAUUUUCGACCACGACCAACGGUACGAGCCGAGGCACCGCGACAGCGAGCGACAACCCUGAAAACGCCGACAGUGGAUGCGGCUCUGGUGGGCAGGGCCAGGCUAAAUCGAGUCAUAUCUCCUGAUCU